AGCUGAAAUCUAGUUCAGAGAAAGAAUGGAACGCGUGGAAUCAUCACAACACUCUGAAAGGGAGCUUUAUGCCUUGACUACACCCAAUGAAGAAGCUGAACAAGCAUCUAACGAGUCCAAACAAGGAGGCUGGAUUACCUUCCCAUUCAUUACAGGAACUCUAUUUGGGCUUUCCCUAGUAGCUGGUGGAUGGGCAUCGAAUUUGAUAGUAUAUCUAAUAACAGAGUAUAACGUGAAAAGCAUUACCGCUACAAAAAUUUCUAACGUUGUACAGGGUAGCAAUUGUCUCUUUCCAGUUGCCGGUGCCAUCAUUGCCGACUCUUUCUUAGGCUCUUUCCCUGUCGUUGCCUUCUUCACCUUUGUUUCCUUACUGGGUAUGAUCAUGUUCACCAUAACGGCUACAAUACAGUCCUUGAGGCCACCGGGAUGUGCAGUUGGCUCACACACAUGUGAAGCCCCAUCAAAUCUUCAAUACGGAGUCCUCUACAUGACCUUACUGCUUGCUUCACUAGGCCUUGGAGGCACACGCUUCACAAUUGCAACUAUGGGAGCUGGACAAUUUGACAAGCCCAAUGAUCAAGCAACUUUCUUUAAUUGGUAUUUUUUCGCCUUGUAUUUUGCUAAUGCAAUCAGCUUCUCUGCCAUUGUCUAUAUCCAGGACAAUGUGAGUUGGGGAUUAGGGUUUGGAAUAUGUGUCAUUGCAAAUGCUAUUGGCCUAGUCUUAUUUGUAUUGGGAAAGCGAUUUUAUCGCCAAAUUAAACCAAAUGGAAGCCCUUUCACAAGCAUAGCUCGUGUCAUGGUUGCAGCAAUUCGAAAGAGAAAAAUACUAAAAACUGUUGGAAGGCAGGAUUAUUAUUUUGGAUUCACUGAAGCGUCAAAGAUGGAAGACAAUUUACCAACUAAGAGUUUCAGAUUCUUAAAUCUUGCAGCACUUAAAACUGAAGGUGAUAGACAAUUAAAUGGCUUGUAUGCAAGAUCAUGGAAGCUAUGUACCGUGGAAGAAGUGGAAGAUCUCAAAACCCUAAUCCGAAUUAUCCCAUUAUGGUCUACUGGAAUUUUCUUGGGUAUUUCAGUAGGAAUUUUGUCUAGCCUCGUAACCCUUCAAGCACUAACUAUGGAUCGACACCUUGGGCCCCAUUUCAAAAUCCCAGCUGGAACAUUUCUAUUCUUCAACAUCUUAGCUACAAUCAUCUCAAUCCUUAUUAUUGAUCGUUUCCUCCUCCCCACGUGGCGAAAUCUAGCUCGUCGAACAUUGACACCUCUCCAACGUAUUGGAAUUGGCCACAUCAUCACUAUAUUUGGUUUGGUGGGGGCUGCCUUAAUUGAAUCUAAACGACUCCACGUGGCCCGAACCCAUCACCUCAUGGGUCAGCCUAGCUUGGUUGUGUCCAUGUCAGCGCUAUGGCUUGUGGUACCACUAGGCAUUGUGGGUAUUGGUGAGGGAUUUCAUUUCCCAGGAUCAGUUGGAUUGUAUUAUCAAGAAUUUCCAAAGUCACUAAAAAGUACAUCCACUGCUAUGGUCUCGUUAUUACUCGCAAUUGGGUUAUAUCUUAGUCCGGCAAUUACAAGUUUGGUAGAGCGAAUCACGGGAUGGUUACCAAACAAUAUUAAUGAUGGAAGACUUGAUAAUGUGUAUUGGAUGUUGGUAGUAAUAGGAGUGGUGAAUUUUGGCUACUUUCUAAUUUGUGCCAAGAUGUUUAAGUAUCAAAAUGUUGAGGACCAUAAUGGGCCUUCAGGGCUAGCUCUCUAAAAUCAUGAAGAUUGUAAUUGUUUUUAUAAAUAACUAGUCGCUAACCUGUGCGAUGCACGGACUAGUUGUGAAGA